UUUUUAGAUAAAGCAAAUAUAUUUCCAAUAUCUCUGCAGUAACUUUUUUUCGCCAUUUGAAAAUAUACAAAGAAUAUUUCAACAAGAUGGAACCUACAAUAGUUGUGGGCUUUGGAUUAAUGCUUACUUAUAUUAUUGGUCAGUUUGUAUUUAUAUUUUAUUCGAGAGUUGCCUACAAUAAACUCAGAGAUGACAUUAUAUCUAAAGGAAGACUUAUUUCCUUCAUGCCAGUUUUAACCCUAACAACUGUGUCUUCAAUGCCUGGAACCUCAUUGCCACAACAGCCAAUACCCGGUGCACCACCUCAAUACUCAGCUACCACUGAGAAAUCAGCUCCACCAGCAUAUACACCAUAGUAUAUUUUGAAUGAAGUUCAACGAAUUUGACUGGAGAUCAUUAUUAUUGUAUUUACUCAGCAAAUAAAAUACCUAAAUACACAUUUUAUCAAUGUAAAGUACAUAUUAUUUUUGGUUCUAAAUUAUUUAAAAAAAAUUAAAACUUACCUGUAUAAAAUGAACAAUAGUUGUCAUAUCAUGUUCCCUGUUUCCUCUUCCCAUUUUCUUGGCCAUUACACAUAUCUCCUCAUAACUAACUUUCGGCUCGUGUGAAUGACUUUUUGUUUUUGAUCCAUUUUCUGAGGAUUUUGAUUUCAGAAAUUCAUUUAGAUAUUCUUGAUCCACUUGCUCCAUCGCUUCUUGAAGAUCAUUACGGAAUCCCUAGAAAAAUAUCUGAAUAUUGAUAUUUAAACUUUAAAUUUUAAACUCAAAAUGUAACUUACCCUGUUAAUUUCUGGUUCAAGCAAUUCACAUUUCCUCAAACGUUUGCAAGCAUCAGUUUCUGAUUCUCCAAAUAGUAAAAUGGGUUCUCCUCUGUCCCUUAGUUUGUUAAUAACUUCUUGUCGUGGAAGUAUGUUAUGCUUGACAUCAGCCUGGGUUUUAU